CCUCUCUCCACGUUGCAUCAGUUCCCUUUCACAUGGUACAUUUGAUUUUCACCGGUUGUUCACAUAAAACUGCCUAAAAUGCCGAAUUGUCGGUUCUACAAGCACAUCUAUCCCGAGGUUGACGAUGUUGUGAUGGUGAAUGUUCGUAGUAUCGCUGAGAUGGGCGCAUAUGUCAAUCUAUUGGAAUAUAACAACAUAGAAGGCAUGAUCCUGUUGAGCGAAUUAUCCAGACGUCGUAUCCGCUCCAUCAAUAAGUUGAUUCGUGUUGGCAGAAAUGAAUGUGUUGUGGUUAUUAGGGUUGAUAAAGAAAAAGGUUACAUUGAUUUGUCAAAACGACGUGUGUCUCCCGAAGAAGUGAAAAAGUGUGAGGAAAAAUUCACUAAAGCAAAAACAGUAUACAGUAUUUUGCGCCACUGUGCUGAGAUCCUGGGUUAUGAGACUGAUAAACAAUUUGAAGAACUCUAUGAGAAGACAGCGUGGUACUUUGAUGACAAAUACAAGACCCCAGGGAGCUCCUAUGAAGCAUUCAAACUUGCUGUAGCGGAUCCAUCAGUGUUGGAUGAGCUGAGCCUGGAUGAGGAGAUGAAAAACACUCUACUGAAUAACAUCAGAAGAAGGCUUACUCCGCAAGCGGUGAAGAUUCGUGCGGAUAUUGAGGUGGCUUGCUAUGGCUAUGAAGGUAUUGAUGCCGUCAAAAAGGCACUAAGGGAAGGCCUAGAAUGCUCAACAGAGGAAAUAGCAAUUAAGGUCAACCUAAUAGCAGCACCCUUAUAUGUCAUUACCACAACCACGCUAGACCACGAGGAGGGGCUUAAUGCACUGAUUAAGGCUGUUGAUGUCAUCAGAACAUCAAUCAAAAAGUCUGGUGGUGAAUUCAAUGAAAAAGCUGCUCCCAAAAUUGUCACAGAGACUGAUGAAAUUGAACUUGCCAAGCAGAUGGAGAGAUUAGAGAAGGAGAAUGCAGAAGUUGAUGGUGACGAUGAUAACCCAGACGAAGAGGAAGUUACCGAAGACAUAUAAGCACUACAGAUAAUCAUGGAAAUAUUGGUAUUAACAUCAAGAUGACAUCACUGUUAUCAUCAUUGCCAUCAUUAUCAUGAAACUCUACACUGGACUAUUUUCGAGUUGAAGCAAGACAAGGACAUUGUUGGAGAACAAUGAUUUUCUGAAUGACGAAAUUACAACGUAAGCCUGGUGCAUACUGUGCCAACUCAACAACACCACCUAAGUAUGCACACCCUUUUCCAAAAAGGGUUCUUAGUGCAAUGCCACUAAAACAACAUCAGAAUGAAAAUAUGAAUACUUUUUUAGUCAUUGUUUUAUGUCAAAAGGCUUCUUCCACAUGCUCAUGUUGUGUGGCUGUUAUACACUAAGCUUAACAAAAGUACCUAGGUAUGGCCAAUGAAAUGGUAAAAGCAAAGAGACCAAAUCUUGGGUUUGACAAAUGUUAGAUUUCUUCUGGAUAUAACAUAUUUGUUUCAACAACCUCAAAAUAGAUUGUAUUCUAACACUCAAUUUGAAAAAAAGGGAACUCAAGUAAAGAAUGUUUGAUUUUAUUGUUUUCUAGAACUGAAUAAAAUAUGUCACAUCAAA